AUGCCAGGCAUCUCCAAGAAGCCCUCAUCCUCGAACCACCACACGGGCAGCCCGCACAGCUCGCCUAACAAAAAGACGGUGCGCCUCGCCGAGAAUCCGCACGUCUCUGCCUUCCUCUCGCCCAAAUCGCGAAUCUUUACGGGCGGUCAUGGUUACCCCGGUGUGCCCACCCGCGGCGCGGGACCCGCCUCUUCUGCUGCUGCUGGUGCCUACAGUGCUUCUGCUUUGCCCGAAGCUUUUUCCAUUUCUGGGAAACAGCUGACCCCGGACGAAGUCGCUCAAAAGAUCGCAUCCAUGCUCAAACCAGGCCCGCCCUUCUUCAGUCGCGUCUCGAACGCCGACUUGAUCGACUUUAUCUCGGACAGCUCUAUCAUGAACUGCGACAAGCUUCGCGCGCAGGCUGCAGCUCUGGAGGCCAAGAAGCAUGCCAGUCGUGCUGCCACCGCCUUUGUCCCCUCGGGCACUGUGGUGCGUCGUCGAGCCGAGGAAGAACGCUGGACGGGCGUGGGGACCGUCUGGUCGUCCCUCGAGGGUUUGCCCGCCGGUGCUUCCUGGGGUCGCAUCCCAGGUCAGAACGGUUCCACGCUCUCGAUCAAGUCUACCAGCAGCGCCAGCAGCAGUGCAAACGGCUUGGAAGACGAUGGCCUUUGGAACGCCAUCACACUCUCUUGCGAUAUCGACUGUACCAGCGUCGAGCUCGCAAAAAGCGUCGUGGUGCCUACGCAGGUGCUGCAGAACCACAACUUUUUCAAUGGAAAUGCUCAGAGUCUGUUUGACGAUAUCGGAGCGGGCGUCAAGUACAAGUUCGACAACCUGGUCGGCAAGGCGUCGGGAGGGAGCGGGUUGCGUCACAAGGCGUCGUCGGCGGCCCUGGGCUCGAGCGCAAGCAAGCUUGUGCCCAACUACCUCUCGCUGUCGGCCUACACGGACCCUAACAGCGCUGCGUUCGGUACCAACUCAUUCGAGCUCAAGUGGCCCAGCUGGAUGCCAUGGGUACACAAGAAGUCAUCGUCUUCCACUCCCGCUACGGACGGUACGCCUGCUACGGACGGCAACACUUCGACUGGCGGCCAAAAACGAGUCUGGGUGCCCAGUUCGACCAAAGUCUCGAUCCACGCCUCGUGGUGGGGGUACAACAUCUACUUGCCGCAAGCCGUGCUCGACUCGAUGGAUGGCGACGUCGACGAAGCCGAAAAGAUCGCCAAUUUGAUCAACAAGUGUUUGACAUACAUCUUGAACAACGUCCCUGCAGGACUACCUGCUUCGUUUGCUGCCGUGGUUACCAUCCUUAAGGCCAUCGCUCCCACUACAGGAUACAUCAGUACGUUUAUCGGAUGGAGUUGGGAUACCAUCAAGAGCUUCAACAAUGGUCAAGGUGUCGUGCUGAGCGCCACUUGGAUUUUGCCCGUGGCGUUGAUCCCGAGAGCUUGGGAUGCUCCGGCAAGCCCUUCGACCAGCACCCCUGCAACUCCCACUGCUCCGACGACCGGUGGAAUGGGUUCGACGGUGACUACGCCUUCGACUGGUACGCCUUCGACCACGACUCCAUCCACGACGACUCCUUCGACCGGCACUCCUUCCACGACCACCCCUGUCGCAACUUCGCCCUCAACUAGCACCACAACGGGAGCAACCGCAGCAGCAGCUCGCUUCUACGCCCGAGACACUACCACUACCGAUCCCGAAAACACGCCACUCCCAAGCAAAGACACGCCGGCGGUCGCCGCUCCCGGAGCAACCCUCCCGCCCGCCAACCCUUCCACCGUUGAAAUCGACCUAAGCGCUCCCCCCUCGAACGACACCUCGAACGCUCAAUACCCCGGCGACGCCAGAGGUCGUGGAGGAGACCAGUCCACCUCCGCUCCCAUGGGCACCACUCCUGCCCCUGCCAACCAAACGCCCAUCGACGCCGAAUCUUGA